UAUUCGUUCAAAAAAAAAAAGCCGAUUGAGCUCCUACGAACCGAUGGCGCGGUCUGGUUGGUUGGCGAUUGGUGAACGAAUUGUUGAGAGAAGGUAAAAGAAAAAUGGCAAAAUGGUGUACAAGUCAUUUGUAAGGCGAUGUGCGGCGUGGUCGUGAUGGUCAUACUCCGUGCGUCAGCGCUCUAUAACUUGCCCUCUAUUCAGUCGAAGCGGAUUUCCAGUGAGAGACUACAUGGCGGCUGGCGGAGAGUUCGUCGAAGGCUGGCUAGUGGCUCAGGUCCUAGGCGAGGGGGCUUAUGGAGAGGUCCGGCUGCUGGUACACUCGCGGACCGGAGCCUCCGUGGCGCUGAAGGCGGUGCGGGCGGAGGGAGAGGGAGCGGAGGGUGGCGCACGAGAGGCCGCCCUGCACCGCGCGCUCCGCCACCCGCACGUUCUGCGCUGUCUGGGCGAACGCCGCCACGGCCGGUUGCACUACCUGUUCCUGGAGUAUGCCCAGGGCGGGGAGCUUUUCGACCGCAUCGAGCCCGACGUCGGCAUGGCGUCCGUUGCGGCGCGGCGCUAUUGGCGGCAGCUGGUGGACGGGCUCGCCUACCUUCACUCCCGCGGCGUCGCUCACCGUGACAUCAAACCCGAGAAUCUGCUACUCGACGCCGACGACCACCUCAAGAUUUCAGACUUCGGCAUGGCGACGCUGUUCAGGCACGGUUCCCGCGAGCGCCUGCUGUCCCGCGUCUGCGGCACGGUGCCGUACGCGGCGCCCGAGGUGCUGGAGGCUCCUUCCCGGCCCUACCGCGCGCCGCCCGCCGACGUGUGGUCCGCGGCGCUGGUGCUGCUCGCCAUGCUGGCCGGCGAGCUGCCAUGGGAGCGAGCCCGCAGACGACCCGCGCUACGCUGCCUGGGCGCGCGGGACGCCUCCGCGGGACCGUGGCGAAAACUGGAACCUGGAGCCCUGGAGCUGAUGAGACGAGUCUUGCGAGGUGAUCCUGCGCGACGGGCGACCCUCGACGAGCUGAGGGACGAGCCCUGGUCGGCGCGGGACGAGCGACUUGCGGUUCGCGAGUGUCCGGCGCGGGCGUGGUGCUCGCAGCCGUCGGGCGGCCCGCGCGGAACCCCCGACCCCGCCUGGGACCCCGCCUGGGAGCUCAGCGCCGCCGACAUGGACGCUCUGCUCAGCCAUUCGCAGCCGGCGCAGGCCGACGACCUGCUGCCGUGCUCGCCGCCCGACCUCGCCUCCCGCCGCCAGCUGCCGCCACUGCAGCGCCUCGUGCACCGCAUGACCCGCGUGUGGCUCCGGGUGGACGAGCCCGCCGCCCUCCGUGCGCUGGCCGCCGCCCUGGACGAGCGCCGCUACUCGUGGCGCCGCCUCCACCCCCGCAUCUUCGCCGUGGAGUGCGGCGGGGACGUGCGCCUGCGCGCCUGGGUGCUGCCCUUGGGAGGCGCGGGCGAGGCGAGGUCGGUGGUGGAGUUCCGGCGCUCGCGGGGCUGCGGCCUGGCCUUCAAGCGCCGGUUCCUGGAGCUACGGGCGGCGCUGGACUCGCUGGCGGCCUCCGCCCCGCUUCACGCGGCCGUGCUGGAGGCGCCGCUGCAUGCGCUGGCUCCCUCCGCCGAACCCAUGGACACCUAGACUGCCUCUGUGGUUUUGCUGACAAUUUUGUGAUUGAAAAUAAAAUAUUUGUUACUGA